AUGUCUGAAAAGCCAAAAGUCAAGGAGGAACCCAACGUAGAAACUAAUACAGAGCUGGUGAAAUUUACGAAUCAGCCCGAUGUUAGUGUGACCAUAUCACCGUCAGGUGCUGUUUUGACCCCCCGCUGGUUCUGGCGUGAUUAUAUCGAUAGUCAAACGGUGCCCCGACAUCAGGUCCAUCAGCUUAUCAGGGCGGCGGGCUUGGCACAUGCCAUCGAAUUCUCCUCCCCCCUAUCGGUGAGAUCGAAGCUAUGCGUGGUGCGUACCAGCAACAAUGAUCUCGUGGCCCGUGAUGUUGAUCUCAGUCUGGGGGUACCGGAUCACAAUGUGCUCAAUAUUAUUGAUAUAUCGCGACAUCGCAAGUUCCGUCCAGUGUCUAAGACUUUCUCAAUUGGCGGCAUGGGGGAUUCAAGUACCCAGAAGUAUGUGAUAUACGAUAAAGAAUUGGAAUCGGAGGCUAGUCUGGCCAGGCGUACCUGUCACGACUUCGAGCUGGUGUGGAAGCCCUUGAGCGCCAAUCUAAAUGUAUCCACGGCGCGCUAUUUCAUCACCGAGGAGAGCAACAUCUUAGAGCCCUACCAAGUGCUAGCCAAGGCUGUGCGUCAGUUCUGGCACGAUAACCUGGAGCUGCAAGUCGAGAGCAAGUUCUUCCAUGUCGAUCGCUAUGUAUUCACCCGCCAUGCCAAUAAUUUUGCCGACUGCUGUAAUCUCUUCCUGCAAAUACCGGUGCAUAAGGUUCAGAUGGGCGUACUAACGCGUCUGUAUGGCUGGAUGUUGGACGAGAAAUCGGAGCUGCUUAUUGAGGAGCAACUCGUGCCGAUGUUCAUAUCGGCCAAGUUUCUGGGCGUGCGUGAACUAAUCGAACAGUAUUGGCACACCUUCUCCAUCAGUGGUGAUCUGGGCCUGUGGGAGCAGGACGCCUUCCAUGCCUAUUUGGCAGCGCGCGAACACCGAUGCGAGGAGAUGAUGGCGCUGAUGCUAACACGCGUGCGGAAGAUGUUCUUGCCGCUGGUUGCAUCCCUUGAGUUCCUACAGCUCGAGGUCAACGAGGUGGCCUAUCUGCUGCGACAGGACACGCUGUGUGUCAACAGCGAGGACGAAGUGUUCUUUGCUGCGAUACGCUGGCUCGACUAUAAAUGGCCAAGUCGUAAGGAGUCUAUUGCGACGGUGAUGGCCUCGGUACGCUUCCGCCAUCUGGCACCUUGGAUACGCCGCUCAAUCUGUUGUGCUCCAGAGAAUGCGGUGCUCAAGGAGGUGGGCCAUACAUGUCAAGUGGUCGCCUUCCUCUGGGAUGCAGCAAAGUUUUGUCUUGCUGCCAUCAAUUUUGAGAGCCCACAUCAUGCACGCUGCCCCAUAAUUAGGAAGUAUCGCAAUGAGAAGUGUGACGAACGCUUUUGGGUCUAUUGUCCGGGUGUACCGCAUCAUCAUGACGUCAAGUGUCCACGCUUUCGGGAACUCACAUAUGAGACCUUUAAUCUGCAUCUGGUGCGCGUGCAAAAUUAUGCAGUAGCCUACGCACAGGCUCUGAAAUAUGUGCCUAACAAAUUUUGGAACACAUACCACUGCUGCAAAGAUCAGGAUCUGAAGAGCCCAGAUCGUCGCAAAUGUCCCCGUCCACCAGUCUAUGUUCUGGAAGAGGAGCACGAUUAAGGCGAAUAAUUGUUUAUCCUUUCAGCCAAAAUGUGCACAGAGAUGCUACCUAAAUAUUAAUGAUCCUUAAUCAUUUUUCGAAUACUGUAGCCGUUCUUCGUUAUUUACCAUUGUUAUUUAAUCAGUGACGCGUCUAAAUUGUAGAACGUAUUUUAAUAGCAUACAAGUACAUAGAAUUAAAGUUAGAACUUUGAC